AACGUGUGCCAGGAAAGUCUCAUCCGCGCUCGGGGUCUGGUCCUAUAUACUCUGAGCUGCCUGGACACUGCAUCGCUCCACCGGAGAGUAAAGGGAAUGGCUUGGAGAGCUGGCGUUAUCCGCUGCGCGGCAGCAGCAUUAUUUUUGAUGCUGAGUUCGGUAAUGUCGACAGUGGAGGGUAACUACACGCUAGAGAUUUUGAUGCUGAGCUAUGAAAAUCCUUCUCACAUGGCAAAAUCACUGGAGAACUUUAGGCUUGGAUGUUGUGAGCUGGACACGACAACUCCAUGCAGGCCUUGUGACAAUGCCUUCCGUGUGUGUGUUCGGAACAUCCCUACUAUUGAGGGUGACUGCGAUCUAAAUCAGCAGGAUAGCACGCUAAUUGCAGAAGAUGACGAUGAUCUGAUGUUCACCAUAGGAGACGAUAUUGGAGGACUCUCUAAUCCCAUCACAGUGUCUGGGGAGAUGUGGGGAAAAGUUGAGGUGGUGUUCACUGUAUUUGACCUCGACCCUGACGUCCACAAUAGAGUCCUCUUCAGAUAUAGUGGACAAUAUAGUCAUCUAUCCUAAUAUACCUGCCGUUUCUUCAGCUAACGACCCGUUCUCUGAUCCAAUGCUCUUCUCUGGCAAUGCCAGCUACUCUCACCUCGAGCUAGCAUUCAGACUGACGUGCGGUCCAGACUCCUACGGCCCAGACUGUACCUUCUGUGUUCCCACCAACGACAGCACCGGACACUACAGUUGUAACAAUGUCACAGGAGAGAAGAAGUGUCUGGACGGCUACCAGAGACGAGAGUGUAAUGAUUGUGUUCCAGCCAAGACAUGCAGUCCUGAGAGAGGCUACUGUGAAGACCCAGGGGACUGUGUAUGCUAUCCUGGGUUCUCUGGAGACGACUGCAGUGAGCUAGUGUGCAGUGGCCAGAUUUGCAACAGUAGCUCUUGCAAACGGGAACACAAAUUUCUCAGCUACACUUGUGGACAGGAGUGUGUGAACGAUACCUGUGAGUGCCAGGAGUGCCCGUGUGAAGUGGAGUGUGGGGAGAACGGAGAGUGUGUGAGGAGAGAGGAAGGUGACACCUGUGAAUGCAGUGAAGGCUACAGAUACAAUGGAGAACUUUGUGAAACUAUUCCCACCACUGCCACACGUGAGUUGUGCAAUAGGAAGUGGUGUUUCUUCUUCAGCCCUGACCAUUGCUACACCCACAAAAUCCACUACUGCCACAGAGUCUGGUACAACAGGAAGUGAAGUGUAUAUUUUUGUAGGAGUGAGUGUGGGAGUGGUGGUGCUGAUAGCUGCAGGUCUCAUCCUCAUCUCUGUGACUGUGUGUCUCAGACAAAGGUCAAAGAAGAAGCUACUAAUCAAUACUGAAAAUGUUGCCUAUGGCAAGGGUCUGGAAUUGAAAGACAACGCUGCCUACACCUCCACAGUCACUGGGGGUGGGACUAAGGAUGAUGAGGGAAACUACGACUAUGUCUCAAGGGAUGAAGUAACUGCUACCUCCAGCAAUCUCUCCAUGUCAGCCAACCAGGCAUAUGGACUGUUGCAGAGCUAGGAACUUGUAGUUUUGUGAUUCUUGACUU